UCCCGCGUCUCGCGGUAACCGGGUCUGAGCCCCGCCGCUGCCUUGACUACCAGAUUCCUCAGGUAGCAGCGGGGCUACGGAGGCCGGGUGGCCCGAAGAGGGAAAGUGUUUAAGAAGCACAUGAAAUGGAGUAAUAUGAGCUGGAGUCAUAUAGAAUCUGCAAGAAGACCCUUGGGGGGAAUUGUCUGAAGAAAAGAAGACUAUUUAGACUCCUCAAGUUCUUCAUUUACACAGCUGUUAAAUCCAAGGCAACUGUGGUGAAAGCAUGCAUAAAUCUACAUCUGCUGCAGGAUCAUCCAGCCUACUUGAAAAGAAUCCUGCCUUUCGGGUGAUUACAGUUACUAAGGAAACAGGCCUAGGUUUAAAGAUCCUAGGCGGAAUUAACAGAAACGAAGGACCGUUGGUGUAUAUUCAGGAAGUCAUUCCUGGAGGCGACUGUUACAAGGAUGGACGUUUGAAGCCAGGAGAUCAACUUGUCUCAGUAAACAAGGAAUCUAUGAUUGGUGUAUCAUUUGAAGAAGCAAAAAACAUAAUUACCAGAGCCAAAUUGAGGUCAGAAUCUCUUUGGGAGAUAGCGUUCAUCAGACAAAAAUCUUACAGUGGCCAUCUGGGAAAUAUUUGCUGUCCAUCCUCAUUACAAGCUUCAGAAGACUGUGGAUUUCAAACCUCAACAUUUAAUCCUCUUUCCCCUCCCCCUGAAACACUAAUUCCAAAGACUUCAUCCACUCCCAAGACUCAGGGCCCAAUUUUACCUUCUUUUAAAGCAAUUCAGACAAAACCUGGCUGCAGUAAAACAGAACAUACUCCAAUUACUUCUUUGGACAACAACCCUACAGAUACAUCUAAUUCAGAUAUUGCUCCUGCCUGGACUGAUGAUGAUUCUGGACCUCAAGGAAAGAAGAUUUCCCUAAGUCCUUCUGUUCGCCUGAAGGCAGAGAAACUGGAAAUGGCUCUCAAUUACCUCGGUAUUCAACCAACAAAGGAACAACAUGAAGCCCUGAGACAGCAAGUCCAGGCUGACUCAAGGGGGACAGUGUCUUUUGGAGAUUUCGUCCAGGUUGCCAGAAAUUUGUUUUGUUUGCAGUUGGAUGAAGUAAACGUUGGUGUCCAUGAAAUCUCCAGCGUUUUGGACUCACAGCUUCUUCCCUGUGAUUCUCUAGAAGCAGAUGAGCUGGGAAAACUUAGACAAGAAAGGAAUGCUGCUCGGGAAGAAGUGGAUGCGCUGAAGGAGAAAUUACUUGAAUCAGAGAAACAUAGGAAAGAGCUAACAGAAGAACUCCAGAAUGUGAAACAGGAAGCCAAAGCUGUAGCAGAAGAGACACGAGCUCUGCGAAGCCGGAUCCACCUUGCUGAGGCUGCACAGAGGCAGGCGCAUGGGAUGGAAAUGGACUAUGAAGAAGUCAUCCAUCUGCUGGAGGCCGAGAUCUCAGAGCUGAAGGCUCAGCUUGCUGAUUACUCGGACCAAAACAAAGAAAGUGUCCAGGACUUGAGAAAGAGAGUCACAGUUCUUGACUGCCAGUUGAGAAAAUCUGAAAUGGCUCGGAAAACUUUCAAGGCAUCUACUGAAAGGCUCCUUCAUUUUGUAGAGGCUGCUCAGGAAGUACUUUUGGAUAGUUCUGCUCCUUUAUCAAAUUUAAGUGAAAGAAGAGCUGGGUUUGCAUCGCAGACUUCACUCCCACUGUUGGGAAGGAACGGACGCAGCUUCCCAGCAACCCUGCUUCUGGAAUCCAAGGAGCUGGUUAGAUCUGUUCGUGCCAUUCUUGAUAUGGACUGCUUACCUUACGGGUGGGAGGCAGCUUACACAGCAGAUGGAAUCAAGUACUUCAUCAAUCAUGUGACACAGACCACAUCCUGGAUCCAUCCCAUGAUGAGUGUCCUGAACCUGUCCUGCUCAGAGGAGAAUGAAGAGGACUGUCCCAGAGAGCUAACAGACCAGAAAAGCUGAUGGCCUUCCAUGGGAAAUGGCACUUCCGAGUCUUCUGGCUUUUCAGUCCAUGUGCACAACCAGACACAAGACACCACACCGUGAGAAACAGGAAUCCAGCACCUUCUCCGGGCGGGGUGUCAAGUUGAAACUGCUGUUUCUGUGCAUGUUAAAGAUCAGCUGCCACUACACUAGUUCCUUGAAAAUAAUUAGUUGCAUUUGUUGAAGUCAUAUAUAAUUAGAUUUUAUAUGCAUAUAAGUCUUCAUGUAUAAUUAGGUCUAUAUAACUUAGUAUGUAGUUCAUUGUUUGAUAUUAGAUGUAGUGGUUUUUAUACCAAAACUUUAUAUUGAAAACUUAUAUGAACAUAGGGAACUAUUUCUUUUCUGAUAAUCCCCCUCUCUAAUCACAGUUUAGGAGCGUGAUCUGAGAAAGCUUGGGGCGGGGAGUGCUAUACAGCUACCCCAUCAGCUGCUAAAUACAACUUUUUUUAACUGAUAUCUCAUAGGACGCAAUCUAGCUUGCAUCAUUAGGAGACUUCUAUCAUUUAUGAAAUGCUUUCAAACCUCAUUUUACUUACACCAAAGAGCAUGGUUGUAGGGAUGAUCUAUUGACGAUUUUCAUUCAUGUCUUCAGCUGGAGAAACAGUGGUUCAGAGAGCUAGAGCGUCCUGUCCCAGGGCUCAGACUAACACCUCAUCUUCUGAUCCCAUGUCCAGUCCCCUUUGCCCUGCUCCCUACUGUCCUCACAGAGGGAGGGUGCAGUCCAACUGAGCACCUUCGUUAUGUUGAUGCAGCUGGGUCCACAGCUGUGCAUUCCACAGCAAUCCAGAGGACACCUCAGAGUCAAUCAUGGCCUCCUCAUAACCCCACUCUUCUCCCUCUGUGGGCCCACCCCUCAUCACCCCAACUGCUCACCAACUGCUCUGUGACCUUUCAGCAGCUGUGUCCCGUGGCUUGCCAUGCUUGGGCACCAGCGCCAGUAGGAGCAUCUAAGGAGAGCUGAUAGAAAUAAAGGUAUCUUUUAAAAUACUGCCAGGCUGCUUGUAACAGAUUGAAGACCUCGAGCCAAGGAAAGCAGCCCAGCAUUGCUUAGGCAAGCCUAGCACUCCCGAGAACACGGUGUGAGAGUCUUCACGUAAAGGCACUGUCUAAAUGAGUCACCGAGUUCCUACAGUGAGUUAGCUCCUGUGUCAGCAUCAGGCACUGGCUCCUACGUUUCCUACUGAGUUUUACCUGGUAUUUGGAAUGUAUGUGGAGGAUACGUUCAGGCAUUGUGCUCAGUCAUACCUCUCUGAAUUCAAGAUUUAGGAUUUAAGUUGAAUACACUUAGGAUUCCUACUUUAUGUCUUGAGGACAAACAUAAAGUCAGUCAAAUAGAGACUGACGAGGAGUUAUUAACUCUGAGAAAGAUAGACUGGCUGGAGCAAGUGUACCUGCUUUCCUCACUGCUGUCUGGGUACUAGGAAGUUUCAGAGGGGAUAGUUCUGAGAGCAGUCCCAGAGGGAGCUGGUUCCUGUAGCCUCUGAGAGGUGAAUGGGCACUCACACUUUUAUAAGAGAGUACCUAUGCUGUGAUGCUGUGGAAGGUAGACUCCUUUCAGGAGAUCCCCUACCCCACUGGAGAGCUUCCUCUUUUGUUUUAUAAGGAAAGCUAAGAUGGGACCCUGAAGCAUGCAGUCUCUAGUCCAUAUGUGUUCAUGUAUGUGUGGCACUCACCACCUCUCUGCUGCUUGUACCAAUUCCCUCCCUGUGUCUGUCAAAUACAUAAUCAAAACCUAUAAAACUCAGAGUGCUAGUUGCAGAGCACCCUACAUUGCGAUGUACAAUGAACUGUCUUCUUUGGAGAGGUUAUUUUGAGGUAGCUUCUCCUUGUGUAUCCCCUUGCCUCAGCUUCCCAAGCACUGGGAUUUCAGCACCAAGUAUCUUCUGAAAGCUACCAGUAAGUGGAGAACCAUAGAUUCCCCACUGUGUGUGGAAGCCUAGGUUCAGAGAGAAGUGGCCAUUGCUGAAGGCAAGUCUUUGAUUGCAGGGCUUCUUUAAACCACCCAGCAGAGCAAUUAGAUUUAGUCAGCUCUGCAAGGCUCCAGCACCCAAUCAUGAGGGACUUCCUAGUUCAUCAGAGAAGAAUUCCCCAGGAGCAAAAAGCACUCCACAGGUUCUGGUGCAUCUGAGCUUCUCAUGGGAAUGUAGCUAAGGGGGCUCAGCCUCCGAAUUAGCUGAAUCAGAUGAGCACUCAUUGAGACUCCUCCCUGUAGUCUCAAUCAGAGACUGAUGGAUGCUUUGGAGAUUCUCAAGAGGGCUCAGCAUGAAUGCUUUUCUGAUGCAGAUAGAACUCUGAGUUACUUUUGGGGAAGUUGAUAUUCUGUAACUUAAAUUAGCCCUAUCACUGGGGUCAUCCAUGGGACAUGCUUCUCCACUGACUCACCCCCUCAAAUUCUGGGCUAUAGGAACAAUAUGAUGACAUCCCUCCCAGUGCAUGUUUUAGUGGCACUGGCCAUCAGUCAUGCUCCAAGUCUUGCUUUCCUAGAGUAACAAGGGAAGGCCUGGCCAUCCUCACUCCUUUGUUCCCUCAGAAUUCUCAUUAGCUUCCAGCAAUGUGACCAGCACUCUGCACUAGGGCAAAGUAGGGCAACAGCUAAUUGUUUCUUGGGCUGUUUUAGAAAUAAAAUGAUUUUGAAAGUCAGAAUUACAGUUACUUUUAAACUUCUGAAUUUUAAAAUUAUUUUCCUUUCAAAAAAGUGAAAGUACUGUGGAAAUAAAUUGAGUUAAACAAAUAGCCCAUCUCGCUUUCUGGAAGCUGCCAUCACUGAUAUUUCAGUAACUAUUUUCACCCAAGGGCAAGUAUGCCCCCCCUUAAAGUUCACCUUUGAGUUAGAGUAUUGUGGUCAUCUUUUUAUAACAAUAUAGGCAUUUCCAUUGUGUUCCAAAUGUCUGGAUAAGCUACCGCCUCAGAACACUAUUGUCUGUGUGUUCAGCAACUUAUUAAUGAAAGCUUAGGCUAUUUUAAGUUUCUUCCUGUAUCAGCGUCACAGUGAACAUUUGUGUAUUUGUUAAAACCCUUUCUUCAAGUGUCCUUGCACUCCGGUGCUGCUGUCUAUAGUGUGGACUUGUUGUGUGAGCCACUGUGACAGAGAGCAGUCAAGGCUGUGUCACCUGAAGAAGAGCCUCUCUGUCCCUGUCUAAAAGUGUGGGGGUCUUAAUCGUUAACAUUUGGUGUUUUAGCAUCAGAGACCGGCUUCUUUGUAUAGGAGAGUCUGUCAGUGCAGAAGUCAACGUUUCAAACAUGUCACUGUUCUCAUUGUUUUCUACUGUAUAUAGAAUGAUGAUGGGGAAUCGCUUCUUAAUUAGCAUAGAGAACACACUCUUAUACAUACAAUACAAAAGCCUCCAUGUCUCCAUCUGUGGAACAAUCGCAAUACUUCCUCAUGCCCUGACACUUCAACUCAGCACAAAUCAACUAAGCACCUACUGGAUGUCUAGCCAUCCAAGGUGUUUGGAUCAUUCUGGGUAGCACAGAUUCCCAAAUCAAAGAGCUCAGUGUCCUGAUAUUUCUACAGGCGUGCACACAUACACAUACACACACACACACACACACACACACACACACACACACACACACAUACUCACUACUGAUUUGUUUUUCAGUAUAGAGUAAGAAGUUAGGAACUUGUUUCCUAAGAAACCCUUAAAUUUGAAUAAUUCUGGAAAAUGCCGAACCCCUCCCCACCUUGGCUAGAAAAGGGUAAGAAGGAACGUGCUGGAAGAGGCUCUGCAAUAACAAAUGAAAGGCAGCUGUCAAAAUAGAGAGUCAAAUAGCACACUCAUAAAGUGCUUGCACAAUCAGAAAGUAAUAUCCUUUUUCUAGGGAGAAAUGCGACAUUUCUCUAUUGUAAGCAAAAUGUAACUUUGUGAAGGGUCAACACACUUGACAUUUUUACGAUACUUACACAGAAAGAACUGAACAAACAUUAAUACAGCUUUCACAGUCUUGUGUAUAAUCUUCAAGAUGAUGAAAAGCACAGAAUAGCCUGUGGAAUGUAAAGAAUUAAACAGAAUAUGCCUGUGGAAUAUAACUUUAGAAAUGUUAUUCCCAAGAUGUUUUAGCCAUAGCUGUUCACAUAUAAUAUCAUUGUAUCAGUAAAAUGAUUUUAUAAAUACUAAA